AUGGACGGAGCUGAGGAAAACUCUCACUCCUACAAGAUGCUCUUCAAGGCGUCCUUGUACACAGAUCUCAACCAGCACUUUGAGGACGCAAUCGACGUCAUUCAACACCAUUCCAAUAACCCUUAUUAUGAAACAGAGUACCCACACUAUGAACUCCUGGGUCCACAGCACCUGUCCCUGCAGCGUCAGAUCUCCUGCUACCUCAUCACUCCUCCUCCUGAAGCACCAGCGCAGGUUCAUGACUGGAAUGACACAGCUCAGCAGUCCUGGUCUCAGGGCAUCCCGGACGUCUCCUUGGGACACUCCCUCCCAGCUGAAGCUCCAGAAUUCUACUCCAUCCUGCCACCACAGAAGACCAGCAAAGGACGUAAGAAGCUCAGACUUUACGAAUACCUCCACGAAGCUCUGCACGACCCCGACCUGUGUGACUCGAUCCAGUGGACAGACAGCAGCAGCGGCACGUUCCACUUCAUCUCCAAGAACAAGGAGAAGUUGGCCGAGUGCUGGGGACAGCGUAAGGGCAACCGCAAGACCAUGACCUAUCAGAAAAUGGCGAGAGCUUUGAGGAACUACAGCCGCACGGGUGAGAUCAGGAAAGUGCGACGUAAACUCACCUACCAGUUCAGCCCAGACAUCCUGCACAAACUGGGCUCCACGCACGUCCCGCUGCACCUGGAGGAGGUCCGGAGCCAGCAGCACCAGAACCAGGCUGAACAGAGCUACUUCAGCACCGCCACGGACUUGCACAGCUGGUACGGACACUACCACCUGCAGGAGGACUACGACCUGGCCUCCAGCUUCACUUCAAACAGCGCAGCCAAACUCUGAGCUGUUGGUUUAAAAAACAUAAACAGAUGAGAUGAG